UUACCCUCAAGAUGGUGGACGUUAGGAAUAACAAGCGCUUCCGAAGCGAACCUGGUAGCACGCUAUCCUGUUAUGCACUGCGACUAAAACCAGGCCAGGAAAUAAGGGAAUGUCUGCUGAACUACGUCAAGACUAAGAAACUUGGGGCACCGUUCGUUCUUUCUUGCGUAGGAAGUGUGACUCAAGCUACACUACGGUUGGCUAAUGCGUCAAUAGACACACCGAAUGAGAUCAUUGAGGUUAAAGGAAGGCAUGAGAUUGUUUCACUCGUUGGAACACUGGCUAAUGAAGGACACCUCCAUGCUUCCCUUUCAGACAAAGAUGGUAAUGUCAUAGGUGGUCAUGUUAUGGGAAACAUGAAAGUUUUUACUACUGCUGAGGUUGUCAUUGGAAACUGCGACACAUUGUCAUUUACUAGAGAGAUUGAUGAUGAAACUGGCUUUGAGGAACUUGUUGUGAGAGAAAAAUAGAAAUUCACUUUUUCAACUGUUAUGACCUACUCUAGAUAAUUUGUCUCAGAAAGAAAUUGAUUUUCAUAUUAUGAUUGCUGUUUUAAUUAUUUUAGUCUUAUAUGGUUGCUUUAGGAUAAAACAUCCAGUUUUCUACAAAGUUAAUAUAUGAUUGAUUGGCUACUGCAAUUGUUUAACCCUUUAACUCCCAGAUCAAAUUUGUCAUUCUCCUCAUUGUCAAACACAUAAUUCUUAUUAUGUUAGUUCAGAGAAUUUAGUAUUGGAUCAACUAAUUAUCCCCAAAUUGAUAUUUUUCUUUAUUCUCAUCACUUAUCUGGUUGAUAUUGUAUUGAUAUUGUAAGGAGAAAUUCUGUCUUGGUUACUCAUGGAGUGAAAGGGUUACAGCAUACACCCAAACAUUUGCAAGUAAUACAAUUACUGUAUAUUUUGACCUUGAUAUUUAUUGGAAGGAGAUUACAAUGUGAGAAACAGCCUGUGAUCUUUUGUUGAAAUUUUUAAUUGUUAGAAAUUGGAUUAUUUAUCAUAACCAUUGCUCAAGGUUGGUGAACCUUUCAAUCAGCCCCAGCCACUAGAAUCACCUCAUGUAAUAAAGACCCAUUAACCAUACAAUUUUACAAUUUGUUUGUUUCCUACACAAAUAACUUGUGCUCCAAGAUAAAACCAUCAUGUUGAAAAUAAAAUUGAAUAAAACUGGGGUAUACCUGAUGUAAGGAAACUUUCAGAUGGAAAAAUAUUAGGCAAAGAGAAGUUUUUUUAUGAAAAAAAACAUAUAAUUAGCUCCUUUUCUCAUUUUAUGACAAGAUAAUUUAGGUAAACCAUGUUAUUUUAACAUCACAAAUGCAAUAAACUUGUGAUUUUGAUAUAUUUUAAGUAUAAGUAAGGCAUUUUUAGCUGACAGAGUGUUUCACAAACAAAAUUCAUCUUAAUGAUGCCUUUUCCAGGCAAGUGCAGAUAUAAAAAGGUGACAGUAGUGUUUAUCUAGGGAGCCCCACUUUGUUUCCUAAGCUGAUAGGCAAGUUUUUAAAUAAAGAGAAUUGUGAAAGAAAAA